UCCUUCUACCCGGGCAGCGGCCAAGCAGAUGCCUCCGUGAAGUUGGGUUUGUCCCGUGUGUGCGCCUGGGUGAGCCAAGCAGGAGGAGAGACUUCCCACCGUCCCACCCCCGGCUGGACUCUGCCCUCCCCUGCCUGCCUCUUGCCUCCGCUCCCUCCCUGGAGCCCCGCUGGUCACCGCGCUCGCCGGAAGGCUCCUGGAUGAGCAGGGAUCCCCGCAGGGGUGGCCUGGCCCCCCGUUUUUCCCGACCCUCGACAGCUGUCCCCGAGCCCCAGGCUGGAUCAUGCAGUGCAUCCGACGGCAGCCCAAGCGCACCCUGUCCCAGGAGAGCAUCCUGCGGGAGCAGAGCCGGAGAGUGGCCGCGUUGAACGGCAUCAGGCUGGGCCUGAAGGAUGACAAGGAUCUGAAGUUCCUCCUGAAAGGCAGCCAGCUGCUAAAAGUGAAGUCAAGCUCUUGGAGAAAGGAGCGUUUUUAUAAGCUCCAGGAAGACUGCAAAACCAUAUGGCAGGAAUCAAAGAAGAUGCUGAGGUCUCCAGAGUCACAGAUCUUCUCCAUUGAAGAUAUUCGGGAUGUGAGGUCAGGCCAUAAAACAGAAGGCAUGGAAAAAUACGCCAAGGAUGUCCCGGAGUAUCGCUGCUUUUCCAUCAUUUUCAAAGACCAGCGGAAAAACCUGGACCUCAUUGCGAGCUCGGAGGACGAUGCCAACCACUGGAUCUCCGGCCUGGCGAAAAUCAUAGCCCACAGCAACUCCAUGAACCAGAAACAGAAACUCCAACACUGGAUUCAUACCUGCCUGCGGAAAGCUGAUAAAAACAAAGACAACAAGAUGAGCUUGAAAGAGCUCAAGAACUUCCUGAAAGAAGUGAACAUUGAAGUCGAUGACUAUCAUGCCAAGAAGAUUUUCCAGCACUGUGACAAGUCCAAAACAGAGGCUCUGGAGGAUGAUGAGAUAGAGGAAUUUUACAAGAUACUGACAGAGAGGAAGGAAAUAGACAAGAUCUUCCAAAAGUACUCAGAUGCAGAAGGGUUCAUGUCCUGCCAGAACCUGGUGAGGUUCCUCUAUGAGACACAGCAAGAAGAAGAUGCUGUUGUUGCUGCCCCUGCCUUAAUUCAGAGAUAUGAGCCCAAUGAAAGAGCCAAGAGGGGAAACGCCAUGACCAAAGAUGGUUUCCUGAUGUACCUGCUGUCUGAUGAUGGGAACAUAUUCAACCCCUCCCACCGUAAAGUUUACCAGGACAUGACUCAACCUCUCAGUCACUACUUGGUGUCAUCCUCACACAAUACCUAUCUUAUGGAAGACCAGCUCACAGGUCCAAGCAGCACAGAAGCCUACAUCAGAGCCCUCACCAAAGGCUGCCGCUGUGUGGAACUGGAUUGCUGGGAUGGCCCCAACUCGGAGCCCAUCAUUUAUCACGGCUACACUCUCACCUCCAAGAUCCUCUUCAGUGAUGCCAUUAAGGCCAUCAAGAACUAUGCUUUCAAAACGUCACCAUACCCUGUCAUCAUCUCCCUGGAGAACCACUGCAGUGUCGACCAGCAGAAGGUCAUGGCUCAGCAUAUGACCACCAUCCUACAGGACAUGCUCUUGGUUGCCCCAGUUGAUGGAAACAAGUCCCAGUUCCCCUCCCCAGAGCAAUUGAAAGGGAAGAUCCUUGUGAAAGGCAAGAAGCUGAGCAGGCAGGAGGACCCCACUAAUGGGAACAACAACCUGGAGGCUGAGGAUGUCUCUGAUGAAGAUGAAGCAGCUGAAAUCGAAGAUGAAUCUGUAAAGACUGAGAUUCAGCAGAAGGGGAAGAGUGACACCUUGAAGCUGGCCAAGGAGCUGUCAGACACAGUUGUUUACUGCAAGAGUGUCCAUUUUGGUGGCUUUGAGGACCCCAACCACCCUCGGGCUUUCUACGAGAUGUCGUCAUUUACAGAGAGCAAAGCUCUGAAACUAGCCCAGGAGUCAGCAACCAGUUUUAUUCAUCACAACAUCAGGCACCUGAGCCGGAUCUACCCUGCAGGCUGGAGGACAGAUUCUUCCAACUACAACCCCAUCGACUUGUGGAACGUCGGCUGCCAGAUUGUUGCCCUAAAUUUCCAGACAGGAGGCACAGAAAUGGAUGUCUACCAGGGUCGGUUCCAGGACAAUGGGUUUUCUGGGUAUGUCUUAAAGCCGGAAUUCCUCCGGGAUGAGCAAACCAAAUUCAAUCCAAAAUCCAUCACAGAAGGAACAUGGGGGACAAAGAAGAAGCUUCUGCUUAAAAUCAUCUCUGGUCAGCAGCUGCCCAAGGUGAACAAAAGCAAAAACUCCAUUGUUGAUCCUAAGGUCACGAUAGAGAUCCAUGGUGUCCAGCAGGAUAACAACAAGAAGCAGACCAAAGUCAUUGAGAACAAUGGCUUUAACCCGAAGUGGGAUGAAGAGUUUACAUUUGACAUAGAGAUCCCUGCACUGGCCCUGGUCCGGUUUGUGGUGGAAGACUUUGACAUGUCAACCAAAAACGACUUCAUCGGGCAGUACACCCUGCCCUUCACCAGUCUGAAGCAAGGUUACCGCCACAUCCACCUUCUGACCAAGAACGGAGACCCCUACUCCUCCUCCACCCUCUUUGUGUACGUCAGUAUCCAGGACUGUGAUUAGCAGCUCAGCUCCUGCAGGGCACAGUGAACCUCCUUACAGCCCUCGAGGGAAUUCAGCCUGCCACGUCAGCCGAUGUGAGGGUCCCUUCAGAUCCCCAGUGCCUUCUCUGGAGUAGCACGUGGUGGUGCUCCACAAGACCCCUGAUGUGAAAUAGCCACCCACCUUCUCCUGGAAACAUCCUAAUGCUGCUGCUGAGAUCAAUCCUUUUGUACCUGUUCCACCAAUCCAGCUGUGGUUUUUAGUUCACUUUAGUGUGAUUUUUCUUUUUUUUAAAAACUUUGCUUUUUAGCAAGAGAGCAGGGACUCCCUUUGAGUACAGCUCUUGAGUUGGGCUUGGUCAGGCAUCUGGACAAACCACCCAACAUCUCUGCAAGGCAAAAAAAUAAAAUCCCUCCCACCCCUGAAACCAGGAGCCAGAUGCCAGGUGACUUCUUGCAAGUCUGCUGUCUUUCCUGGGAUGAAGUCCUGAACGGGGACAGGAUUCUCCUCUUUUCUACUAACAGGUUAAACAAGAAACCUGCACUACAAAGAAAUGUGUCAUCUGCCUCGACUUUUCCUUUUGUGUGACAGUAAAAAAAAAAACAAACAGAUGAGCACUACUCUGCCUGGCUCCCAGCCAGGUCCCUUUGCACUCAAAGCCUUGUCCUGUGAAGGAGAAAGGAGCCGCCGAGCAGCAGAUUUCUCUCUCUCUCUCACCCCAAAGGAAACCUGCUCAAAGAGACCUCAGUGAGUUUCUUUUGCUGAUGACAAUGGACAUGCACUCAACUGACAGUAGGGCUUGUAUUUUUUUUUUUUUUUAACGCAGUAAAACUUUCUUAGUUUUGUGUUUUUAUAGAAAAAAAACAAACCAAAAAAACACCAAAACCCAAACCUGUCGUUUUUUAACACAGAGAAAUCAGAGAAUCACAUAAAGGUUUGGGUUGGAAGGGACCUUAAAGAUCAUCUAGAUCCAAACCCCCUGUGUGGGCAGGGACACCUCCUACUAGACCAGGUUGCUCUGAGCCCCAUCCAACCUGGCCUUGAAGUGGCAGUAGAAACAUUUAUUGCACGUUAGCCUGGUCCUAGUUGCACUGUAGAGGUAACCCACCCCAACCAGAGUGUUUGGAACAUCAACCCACUAUUUAUGGCAAAGGGUAACUUUUUUUAUUUCUCCCCCUCCCCCCAAGUACAACUACAGAGUUAAGGGAAUGUUGUUGAAAUAAAAUAAUAUAUAUUUGGAAGUGCCAACUAUGUUACUAACGAUGUGUUAGAUUAUUAAAGGUAAAAACAUCUGGAAAAA